CUCUCGUGUUUUGGAGGUCUGAAGAAGCGAGAUGGUGAUGCUACAACUGUGAGUGGUACAAAACCUCUUAGCGCCAGCAAUUUGCAAACACUGUUAUGUUUUGGAGAUCCAGGAAAUCAAAAUGGGAAUACAACAAUGAUUUUGGGUAACACCAACAGUAAUUUGCACACACUGCUAUGUUUUGGAAAUCCAAAAAAUGGUAAGUUGCCAAAUCGUCUCUUCUCACGUUUGAAUCUGCUUCGAGCAUUAGAUUUGAGUUCGACUAACAUUAAAGAACUGUCACAUUCCAUUAACAAAUUGAAACUCUUGAGAUACCUCAAUUUGUCUUAUACAAGUGUGAAAGGGCUGCCAGAAUCAAUUUGCGACCUUUGGUUUCUUCAGACAUUGAAGCUUUCAUAUACAUUACUUGGUGAAUUGCCGAAAGAAACAGGGAAGCUGGUAAACUUGAAGCACCUGGAAAUUGAAGGUACUCUUAUAAACUAUUUGCCUGUUGGGAUAGAAAGGUUAACUAGAAUCCAAAAGUUGAGUGAGUUCAUUGUAAGUGAUGGUGAAAGUAGGUGUAUGCUUUGUGAACUUCGACCUCUAAGAUUCCUCCAGGGAAAGCUAAUCAUUAGUUACUUGAGUAGACUUAAAAGCAUUGAAGACACCCAAAAAGCAGACCUUGCUAACAAGGRUCAAAUAGAUUGGUUGGUGUUGGAUGCUAAGAAACACUUCAGCUUGCGGAAACUGGGUCGCAGCACGCAUUUGGCUUCUCUUAUGCUAGACCAUAUCCAUAACGAGGACACCCAAUUGAAUUCAUCCAAUGAAAUUGAGAAGAUGACAAGGAUGCGUGAUGUGUUUGAAGGCAUCAAACCUCAUUCCAAUUUGAAAAAGUUAGAAAUAUGGAACUACAUCGGAUCUGAAUUCCCCUUUUGGAUGAAAGAUGCAUCAUCACUCACAAAUCUUACCUCUUUGAAGCUCGUCAAGUGCUUGAAGGCGGAGCAUUUACCACAACUUGGUAAACUGCAGAGGCUUAAAUUCCUUCUCAUAUGUGAAAUGGAUGAAGUGAAAAGCAUAGGCAAUGAAUUCURUGAUGAGGGUARCAGCACAGAAUGCUUUCCAGAGUUGUUGAGCCUGGUUUUUGAGAGAAUGCGUAAAUUGGAGAGGUGGGAAGUCACAAGGGAGGUGGGAGAUAUGCCUAAAUUUGAGGAACUCAUACUCCGAGACUGUCCUAGCUUGAUAUCUCUUCCAAGGUUCCACAAAAAACUGAAUAAACUAGAGAUUUAUAAUUGCGAGUCACUUUCUCUUAAUCCACCUCUACCAUCAGUGGAGCACCUUGUUCUGAAAUACAAUGAUUACAUGGUGAAUGAUAAGCAGCGUUCUUUGCCCAACAUUCCGGAGCUCAAAUCACUGAAAAUUACAUUAUCAUCUGACCUCAGGAGCUUCCCGGAGGGCUUGUGCAAGCUCAAAGCACUCAAUUCACUUGAUAUUCACUUUUGUCCCAAGUUAAGAUCAUUGCCUGAAGAGCUAAAUCAGAUGACGAUUCAUCGACUCUGUAUCGUUGGCUGUCCACUUCUAAAGGAAAUUGAUAGGUCGACAGUAUCCCAUAUAGCUGAUAUUGAAAUCGACCAUGUAAAGAUCCAAAACCACAACUAAAUUGGCUCCCCCAAGGCGUGGAUUUAUAACUUGAAGGCAAACCAAGCUCCAUUUGGGAUUAUAAUGGGACUGAUUCAUCUGUUGAGCUCAUCAAUGGCAAAGAUUUAAACUUUUGUACUGAGAGAAUUAUAAGAUCCGUAUUGUGCAUGGUUUUGAGCAUUGAAGAACAGGGCAAGGAAAGAAAUGAUGAUCAAGUCGAUCUAGCAGGCAUCCGAUUCAUAAGUGUGGUAGGCCUAAUUCAUAGGGAGAAAAACAAAUCCAGUCGUAGACUUGAUGGAAUUGAAGUUCAGUUCCGUUCUUUUCUUUUCUCUUCUUUUUUCCUCCUCCUUAAUCUAGAGUUGUACCGCAUAUUGUGAGGGAUUGAUGUUUGUUGUAAUUUAUAUUUCUACAAUUAGAGGCUGCUGAUUUCUUCUACAGACGAUAUAGUUUAUUGUUUGCCAAAUGCCAAUGUUCAAUAUUAUUUUAUUUA